AUGUCGUACAAGCGCUCUCGGUCGACGUUUGAGGCAGACCUUCACGCCCCGUACGCUCUUUUUGGCACGCCUCUGCCCGACGAAACCGACUCGCGCGACGAUGGCUCAUAUUUGCCUCUGUGGAAACAAGACGUGAGGGACGAAAAGGGCAGAAGACGGCUCCACGGUGCCUUUACGGGCGGUUGGAGUGCAGGCUAUUUCAAUACUGUGGGCUCCAAAGAGGGAUGGACGCCGUCUACCUUUGUCUCCAGCCGCUCGAACCGUCGCAAAGAUGAUACAGCAUCAACCACAAUCCAACAAAGAGCCGAGGAGUACAUGGACGAGGAAGACCUGGAGGAUGCAGCGGAAGCACAGCAACUCCAAACUUCGCAAGCCUUUGCAGGGCUGGGAUCGUCCACCCCGGAUGAAAUGCGCGCUGGCGGGCUUAUGGGGCUAUUCAAAUCAUCCGGAGACACAAAGGGACUACAGCUGUUACGCAGAAUGGGCUGGAAAGAUGGCCAGGGAAUUGGACCCAAGAUUCGACGGGGUGCCAGACUCGACGUGGGAAUGAGCGGUGUUGUGUCCGACAACAACAAGAUGUAUCUGUUUGCUCCCGACGAUGCUCAAAUGAUACAAUUUGUUCGAAAAACGGAUAGAAUGGGUCUGGGACACCAAGGCGGCGCGAGGUUGCAAAGUCUGGGAAAGACUGGCGAUUCAGACCAGGAUAAUGACGAUGACGACGCACUGGACAAGAACGGCAGACCGUCUUUGUUUUCUGCAACAAAAAAGGAAGCGAAAUCUCAAAGGGGCGCUUUUGGCGUUGGUGUGCUCAACGACACCGGCUCGGAUGAAGAAGACCCGUAUGAGAUGGGACCCAAGAUAAGAUACAAUCGCGUUAUGGGAGGGGAAAAGAAGAAGAAGAAGAAAGCUACGGCUGCAGUGAACCCGUCUCUUAAGAAAGCGCCAGUAUUUCUAUCAAAGACAGCGAGGGCUGGACACAACCUCCGCCGAUGUCAUGAUGGCCGGCUCCCACUAGAUGGGUUCGUCCUGGCAAAGGUCGUAGAGGAUUUGGCGGCUGCUCUGUCACAAUACGCGCCACCUCCCGUUCCCGAGGGUUGGAAGUCAUCCAAAGACCCGUUGAAUAUGGGGGAUUCUUCUAAAUACACUUCAACUGCCGAUGCUGCAAAAGUAUCUACCUUGGACCCGAGAUCUCGAGCAGCUCUUCUUGGUGAGACUGCCCUCCCGGGCAAGUCUGUCUUCGACUUCAUUUCUUCCUCCUCAAGAGAUAAGCUGGCAGCUCUAUCUGGAAAUAAGCAUCUCCCGCCUGGUUUGGGCCAACUCCCCGAAGGUCACACCCCACUGUCAGAAGAUGAUAGACGCCAGGCAUUAUGGAACGAAGUUCCCAAACUGGACCAAUCAACCGCAGCGGCAGCUCUAUCCCGCAGCUCGGCUGGGCCAUAUGCAGAUGACGAGGCAAAGCGUGGCCGCUACAGAAAGUACUUGAUGUCUCAGGCGAAUCCUGGGCAAGAUCUCCCAGAUAAAGCGCCGAGAGCGACAGAUGAGGACUAUAUUCGAGAAAUGAAUGAAUUCUACAACUGCGCCAGGAUCUUUAAGCCCAUGACGGGUUUCAUGGCGUCAAGAUUCACUACAUCAAAGACGGUUCUUAAUCCAUCAUCCAACAACGGCAACGGAAGCGAUGACAAGACGCGGACAGAUUUACUGUCAAAGCCCGAACCAAAGAGUAAAGAUGCAGCUGAAGAAGCAGCUGUCCUAGGCAUGUUUGGACACAUGACGCGCUCCGUGGGAGAUUUCUACCCAACAAGGCUGCUCUGUAAGAGGUUCAAUGUACGCGCCCCUGCGCAUGUUGCACCGGAUCGCGAAUCAGAUAAUACCUCAUCGACGCCAAAGAGGAGCGAUAGUCGGGCGAUGCCAACGCAAUGGUCUACGUCUGAUUUGAAUGUUUCUGUUUCAGCACCUCCGGCUGUGGAAGCACCGACGUCAUCAGGGGCUGUAACGCCAGUACAGCAACCGGUGGAGGUGAAUCCAGAGAAGAAUGAUGCUGUCGAAGGGGAAGCAGCUAAUGCUGAUGUGUUGAAAGCAAUAUUUGGAGAUAGCGAUAGCGAGUAA